AUGCCCCCGGCCCGCCCCCGGCCCCGGGCGGGGCUGCCCCGUCCCCGGCCCCGGGCGUCCCGCCGCAGUCUCGCCUCCGGCCGGCUCUGGUCGUACUGGCGGUGGCGCUGCUGGGCGGGCAUCAGUGCCUGGGACAAGGGCGGCAUCGCCUCCCUUUGGCUCCGCCUGGUGGCCAUCAAAAGGGUGCCACGGGAGCGCGUCCGGCACUGGGGCGAGCUGCCCGACGGCACCAGCGCACCCCUGGAGAUCGUGCUGCUGGCCAAGGUGUCCACUGGCUUCCCUGGUGUGGUCCAGCUGCUGGAGUGGCUUGAGCUCCCCAACGAUGUCUUGAUGGUGCUGGAGCGCCCGGAGCGGUGUCAGGACCUGCAGCAUUUCAUUCGGGCACGGGGCUUCCUGCCCGAGGAGGUGGCGCGGGAGCUGUUCCGCCAGGUGCUGGAGGCCGUGCGGCACUGCACCAGCUGCGGGGUCCUGCACAGGGACAUCAAACCAGAGAACAUCCUGGUU